CUGUAACUGGCUGCUUGCAGGUGGAGAGGAUUGAGACGCGCUGCCUGGAGCUGUUUGCCAAGGACUAUUGCUACAGCCUGAUCCAGAAUGUGAAUGGGGAAAUUUGUGGCCACUACCCCCGGCAGAUUGUCUUCCUGGAGUACGAGAGCACGGACCGGGGUCAGGAUGUGUUUGAGAGCACGGUGCAUGUCGGCAAGCUGCAGGAGCUCAUGAACCGCAGUAGGAUGGCCAGGUGCAGAGGCCGCUUUGUGUGCCCAGUCAUUCACGUGUGCAGGUCAGCCACCCUGGCGGGAUGGGGGGAGCUGUAUGGUCGUACUGGAUACAACUACAUUUUCUCAGGGGGCUCUGACGAUGCUUGGGCCGAUCCCGAAGACCUUUCAGAAGAAGAUACUGUGUUCAGAAACGCCGACUCCCAGCUCUUUGACAAGGUCCGGGGCCACGAUAUCAAGCUGCUCCGCUACCUGUCUGUCAGGUACAUCUGUGACCUGAUGGUGGAGAACAAGAAGGUGAAGUUUGGCUUAAACGUGACCUCCUCCGAGAAAGUGGACAAAGCCCAGCGCUACGCUGACUUCACCCUCCUCUCCAUCCCGUAUCCAGGCUGUGAAUUCUUUAAGGAGUACAAGGACCGGGACUACCAAGCCGAGGGGCUCGUGUUUAACUGGAAGCAGGGCUACGUAGACGCUCCACUGAGCAUCCGGGUGCCCUCCAGAGUCCUGCGCACG